AGCAUUCCGGAAGUGAGACGUUUAUUGACAACAUGGCGACCGGGCCAACUGAGAAAAGGGAGGAAAAUUAGGAUUUGACUGCUUCUGCACGCAGUUUUACACGAUUGUUAUGAAUGAGGGGACACAGGAUUUCACGGGAUGCUGACACUGAGCUGAGAACAUAUUCACAGCGUUUUUUCAACGAUGUCGUUUUUUAAACGGAAAGCAAAAGGAAAGGAUCUUGAGAGGCCUGCCGAAGUUAAAGCCAGUCGAGGUCCAGUGUCCCCACACUCCCCGUCCGUCAGCCCUCGUAAUCAGCAUGCUAUUCUGGAGGCAGCCGGCCCUAGUCAUGUGGCCAUCAACGCCAUCUCCGCCAACAUGGACUCGUUCGCACGGGGUCGCACCGCCAUCCUCAAGAAGCAGCCCAGUCACAUGGAGGCUGUGCACUUUGGGGACCUUGGCCGCUCCAGCGUGAACUACCAAGCCCAGGACACUCGCUCACGACUGUCCAAAACGGUGGACCAGGUCCUCCGGGACAAUGUGGCGAUGCCCUACUACAUCCAGUUCAUGGAGACGCGCUCGGCCGACCACCUGGUGCGUUUCUGGCUCGAGGCCGAGAGCUUCCGUGCCACCAGCUGGUCCCGGGUACGAGCGCACAGCCUGAACUCCGUCAAGCACAGUUCCCUGGCCGAGCCCGCGUCCGGCCUGUGCUCCCCGGGCUCGCCCGACUCCCCAUCCGAUGUCCGGCGGACCCUCGGCGAUGCGGAGGUCGACAUCCCCGACCCCUUCUCCUCACAGCCCCCAUCGCGGCCCCUGACGCCCAGCCCGCAGGACGCUAACUCCCACGGCGGUGCCGCCACCGUCCUCGUCCACCGGAACUCCUUCAGCUUGGACGUGGGCCAGCGGCCCGGCACGCCCCAGCAGCUGCAGCACUCCAGGGCCGACACCCCGACCCGACAGCCCUCCUCCCGCACAGGCACCCCACUCAAGGUCCCCUCCACCAGUGCACUGAGAGACCUGUCUGACAAGCUCAUGAAGAGUAUAGAGAGGGAUGCCGUGAACAUUUUCACCAAGUAUAUCUCUCCAGAUGCUGCUAGGCCUAUUCCCAUCACAGAGCAGAUCAGAAAUGACAUAGUGGCUAAAAUCUGUGGGGAAGACGGUCAGGUGGACCCUAACUGCUUUGUUAUUGCACAGUCUGUAGUCAUCACCAUCAUGGAACAACAGCACUUGAGUGAAUUCAUGCGCAGCCACCACUUCUGUAAAUAUCAGAUCGAGGUGCUGACGAGCGGAUCCGUCUUCCUGGCGGACAUCUUGUUCAGCGAGUCUGCCCUCUUCUACUUCUCUGAGUACAUGGAGAAGGAGGAAGCUGUUAACGUGUUGCAGUUCUGGCUGGCUGCAGACAACUUCCAGGAUCAGCUUGCUGCUAAGAAAGGCCAGUACGAUGGUCAAGAGGCCCAGAACGAUGCCAUGAUCCUCUAUGACAAGUAUUUUUCUCUCCAAGCCACCAACUCUCUGGGGUUCGACGACUCGGUACGAAUGGAGAUCGAGUCCAACAUCUGCCGGGAGGGCGGCCCUCUCCCUGACUGUUUCACCACUCCCCUGAGGCAGGCCUGGACCACCAUGGAGAAGGUCUACCUGCCUGGCUUCUUGUCUAGUAACCUUUACUACAAGUAUUUGAGUGACCUUAUCAAUUCGGUGCGGGCGGAUGAGUUUGUCGGGGGGAACGCGGGCGCCCCUGGAAACAGUGUGCCCUCGGACAACGACCGAAGCACAAAUGUCUCUGAGGGGUCACAAGCCCAGCAGGGUACCAAAAGAGCAGCCAUUAAGAUUCUGAAGAACUUUGAUGAGGCAAUUACUGUCGACAUCGCAAGUCUGGAUCCAGAGUCAUUGUACCAGAGACCCUAUGCUGGAAGAAUGACGUUUGGAAAGGUGAACGAGCUUGGUCAAUUCAUUAGAGAGGCUGAACCGGAACCUGAUGUGAAGAAAUCUAAAGGUUCCAUGUUUUCUCAAGCAAUGAAGAAAUGGGUGCAGGGAAACUCAGACGAGGCGCAAGAGGAGAUGGCCUGGAAGAUAGCGAAGAUGAUUGUGAACGAUGUCAUGCACCAGGCACAGCACGACAGCCCUGGAGUCAAAUCCACUAAGCUAUGACCUUUGUAUCAUGAAGAACCAAAGUCGCUGUCCUUCCCUUCCCCCUCGCUAUAGCCUGGAGCUGAGCGGCGACGUGUGUCAUGUGAUUGACCUGCACACUCCACACAACUGCUAGAACAACUUUCCUUAUGAAGAUGUGAUCAAGGCAUUCCAUGACUUCCUGCAUUUGGCUGCGCUCUAUUGGAAGGAGGUGGUGUGGAUGGAAGGGAGCAUGUUUCUAUCUAUGUUUCUCAGUACAACAACAAAAAGAAGAAGAAGAAAAACAAAGAAUCAUCCACCGUCUCCAUAUCAAGCACUAAGAAGACUUUUUUAAGGAUGUGAGACAAAAUCAGUGCGCAGCCAAGUGAGAGAAAAAACAAAGACGUUGCACAACAGCAUCAGACGUUACUGAACAAAGGCCUGAGGGAAGCGUGCUGGGAGGAAAAUUUGUAGGCUGCAGAACUUCAAAAAGCCUCGGUGUUGAUAUUCUGCUGUUACUAUGCCAACCGGGAAGGAAGGGCACAGGCAGGGACGUGAAGGAGACUUCCAGUCGUAGUGAUGUAGACCAGAUCAUUCACCAUAUUCUCCUCUCCCUCCCUCCCUCCCUCUCUCUCUCCCUCCCUCCCUCUCUUACUCCUUCUUUCCAUUUUUUCCUCUCCCCAGGCCAUCUCUUCUGCUCUUCCUCCUGACCAUUCAUUCCUUUUAAAAGAAAUCCUUGAAAUUGUGAUGCAUUUUUUUUUAAUGAAAGAAUUACUAUUUGUGGAUAGGCUCCAUGUCCAGAAUUAUUUACAAAUGUAAUUCUUUGCUCUCCUGGAGUAAAACUUUCUUUGUUGUACUGGUCAUAGAAGUGAAGUCAUUUCCUCUUGUGUAAGGUUCAGGUGAGCGUUAUAGAGUCUCUAUAACACUGGAAUGGACAUCACUGAUCUUCAAGUCUGGCAAAAGCUCUGCCUGCUACUUGUAGCAACUUCCUGUCACCUUCCCACUGAUAUAGGCCAUUGUUUUUUUUAUGUAAUGAAAAAGGUUCAACUCCAGUGGACUGAAGUGCUAGUUGCAAUGUAAAACUCCAGGCUGUGUUCUAUAAAGAUGUAGAUUUCUGGUUUAUCCCAUGUAUUAAUGUUAGUUAUUUUAUGGUGGUUGUUGUCCUUUUUUGUUUUGUUUUUGUAUGAUAUGGAAAACCAAUGUUAAAAACAUGUCUCAUUGAUGACUGUUCAUUUACAAAGUGUACUCAGUGAAUAUAAUGUUAAGAUUACGUUGGACCUCAUUGAGAUAUGGAAAAGAACCAGAAAAAGACUUUUGGUACUAUGUACCUGUAAAAUGUUUUGACAUAUAUAUAUAUAUAUAUAUAUAUAUAUAUAUAUGUGUACCUAAUCUAUAAUAUAUUUAAAUUGUGUUUGAUUUAAAUACAUAUAUUAUUGAAA